AUGCAAUUUUCCCAGUUCAUCCAGCUGUCCGCCAUCCUGGCAGGAGCUGUGUACGCCAUCCCGAGCCCUCUACCCAACACCAUCAUGCUCUCCAACGGCAACGAAACCGUAGCUGUCGAGGUCGAUGGGCUCGAUACGCGUGCCAUUUUUGGCCGCUCAGACACGGAUUGCAAGGGAAGCUACUUCUGUACUAAUAAACAAUGGUUCAAGGACCAGUGCGCACGGGCAAAGGACAAGCUCGAGGACACCAUCUACACGAGCGGUGGCGCAAAGAGCGGCGUGUGCGAUGGUUGGUGCGGCCUCUUCGUCAAGGGUAAGGGGUGUUCUGCGACUGGGGCAGAGCUUGCCAAUGGCUACGAUUUGAUCCGUGCUGGCGGUUGUCAGGCUUGUGGCUCAUUGUACGCCGGAAGCUGUACGAUUACAAUUGACUACGUCAGUGGAUGCUAG